AUGGCAGCCGGCGCGCCAGGCUCGAUCCGGUCCCAACUCAUUGGCGCGUGGGAGCUGAUUGAAUACUGCGCCUACCUGCCCAAUGAUGAAUCGAACAAAAUCUAUCCCAUGGGGCCCGAUGCAACGGGCAUCAUCAUGUACACCCCCGACGGGUAUAUGUCCGCACAACUCCAGACACCGGGACAGAAGGCCUUUGGAGAAAGGUCCGGGUCGAAGGUCGGUCACGAUGCCGACUGGGCGACGGUGGGGAGAAACUAUACCGCGUACACUGGAGCGUUCUAUCUGGACGAACGCGGUGACGACAAAGGCCGGCCGGUUUUGAUGCACAACAUGAGAUUCUCGAACCUGCCGUAUCUGCGGGGUGACCACCAGAGGAGGAUCAUGAAGUUUGUCGACGAGAGCGAUGGCAGAUACCUGGUGUUGAGCUUGGAUGAUCCUCUGAAGUUCGAUGGGGAGGAGCGUUUGAUCAGGGUGAGAUGGAGAAGGCUGCCUUUGAAUCAAGCAUCAACACCCCCAUGA